GAACAUGUGUGGAGGAGCGGUGGGCGGGGGUGGUGUUUUGUGACAUAUGCCCGGUUUAUACUAACCUCCAUUGUUUUUAACUUGAUAACUAAGUGGUGCGCAUGACACUUAGAUCGGUGACUUUAAAAGUGUAUCCCAAGGACUGAAGACUGUGUGCUUUAGCUUCAAUCUCAAGAAGAGCUGUGGAAGUAGAGGAGCGUCGGCGGCGCGACCCCCGGGCCGGCGCCGCGGCCGCCAGUCGCCGGCGGCCGCUACCUGUGACCGGAGCCCGCCGCCGCCGCCGCCGUCGUCGUCGCCAGCAGCCAUGGCCGGCUACCGGCCCGCCGUGCACGUGGUCCAGCUGAAGCCGGUGGUCGUGCCGCAGUGCAUGCAGGAGGGCCAGAAGUUCAUCAAGUGGGAUGAGGACUCGCCCACCGGCGUGCCGGUCACCCUGAAGGUGGACCCGAACGGCUUCUACCUGUACGUGAUGGACCAGAACAAGGAGGUGGAGCUGCUGGACAUCAUGACGAUUCGCGACACCCGCACGGGUCGCUACGCCAGAACGCCGAAGGACCAGCGGGUGCGCGAGAUCGUCACCAUGGGCAGCACGGGCACCCUGGAGGAGAAGACGGUGACGGUCUGCUACGGGCCGGACGUCGUCAACGUCAACUUCGUCAACUUCUGCUGUAACAAGAUGGAGACGGCCAAGCUGUGGACGGACGAGCUGCUGAAAAUGGCGUACAACCUGCUGGCGCUGCACGCCAGCGUCACCACGCUGCUGCAGAAGGCGCACACGCGCAUUUGCAGGGACGUGGACCGCACCGGCCGGAUCCCCGUCAAGCACGUGGUAAAGUCGCUGGCAAACAACAAGGAGGACCGCAAGAGGGUGGAGAAAGCUCUGGAGGCGUCAGGCCUGCCCAGCGGCAAGUCUGACACCCUUGAACCAGAAAUGUUCACCUUCAAACACUUCUUGGCCUUCUACAUGCACCUUACCGGACGGCAGGAGAUUGAGCGGAUCUUCGACGAACUGUGCGGCGGCAACAAGCGGAAGGGGCACAUGACGGUGCAGCAGGUGGUGGACUUCCUCAACAAGGAGCAGCGCGACCCGCGGCUAAACGAGAUCCUCUACCCGUACGUGGACCCGCAGAAGGCACGCGAGAUCAUCGCCCAGUACGAGCCCAACAAGGCGAACGUGCCAGAAAGCCUGGACUUCUGGAACGGACGGACCGAAGAGCCGAUCGUGUGCCACGGCUACACGCUGGUGCCUGAGAUCCCCGGCCAAGAGACGAAGCGGCUGCGGGACGUGAUCGAGGCGAUCGCCGAGGCGGCGUUUAAGACGUCGGACUGGCCGGUGAUCCUGUCGUUCGAGAACCACUGCAACCCCAAGCAGCAGGCCAAGAUCGCACAGUACUGCCGCGAGCUGUUCGGCGACAUGCUGCUGGACGCGCCGCUCGAGGACCAUCCGGGGAAGGACAAGCAAAAAGACGACCCCUCGUAG